UGAAAUAGACACUUUGGCACAUUGUUCAUGAGGAAAAAUAGUUAAGAAAUAGUUUAAUUUAAGAUACUUUAAUGAGUUUGUGCUGUGUCAUUGUCAAGAAUCGCUGACUGUAAAUUGCACCAACUCUACCUUUGAACUAUAUAUGAAAUAAUUUCUCAUAGAACGACUAUCACCAAGUUUGCAUCCUGAUCUCACAGACUGUCUGGUUUAAAUCAAGGGACUGUUUUCUUUUCUGAUUUUCUUUGCACUGUUGAUAAGUGCUGUAAAGCCAGCAUUGCUGUCCGUGGUUCUGAAUUGUACCUUAUCAAUGUGUGAUGAACUCACAAAACCGAAACAGAAUUGUUUUUAAGCAUAGCAUGUAUACAAAUACAUGUCAGCUUAGGUAAUAAUUGCAGCUCAAUGUUUUACACGUAGGAUCACUUGGCCUUUUUCAGUGACCCCAUGAGAUUUAAUAGUGUUACAUUUCUCAUCACUUAAAAAUGGAAAGGAGACAUGUUAAUCCGCCAUACUUCAGUUACUUAUAAUUCAAGCUACUAAAGUGAUUUUUGUUAACCUUUGGCGGUGCGGUGGGGGGAUUGGUUUCUUAGCGUUUGUGUAGGCAAUCCAUUUAUUUUUAAACAUAAAAAGCAAUGAAGAAAAUGCACAAUAUUUAACAGUGCGGCGGUAUUAUAUCUGGUGGGGGAUGUAGUUAUGACUUAUGUCCACGUGGGGACGAUGCAGACCAUCACAUUUAUACGAUCUGCUCGGUAACGGCUCCUCCCUGAUUCAGCGGAUGAUGCAUAAACGGUCUUUGUCACAAAGCGAGGUCAGUCGACAAAGAAUGGUUGUCUUGUUUGGUUGUGAACAUGCCGGCAUAUUUAUUUGAAAUAUUUCUUUCAUUCAUCUCAUACCUGCUGUAACAUAGCGUCACGUCGUAAUUAUGAAUUUGCCGGAAAGAAUCAGCUCAGUGUGGAUUUAUCUGUUCUUCGUGGUGCUGGAUUGUUGCUGGGAAUCGGCGCAAGGGCAGCUCUCUUAUUCCAUCUCAGAGGAGGUAAAUCCAGGGACUGUUGUCGGAAAUAUCGCCAAAGAUUUGAAUAUCAAUGUCCAGGAUUUGGAGCACCGCAUGUUUCAGAUCGUUGCCGGAUCGAAGAGAAAAUAUUUCGAGGUAAAUCUGAAGACUGGCGUCCUCUACGUUAAUGAGAGAAUAGAUCGAGAGGAACUCUGUGGCGAUGAACAGAAAUGCUCACUUACUAUAGAAGCCGUUAUUAACAACCCUUUGAAAUUGUACCGCAUUGAAAUUAUUAUAUUGGACGUGAAUGAUAAUUCCCCAUCGUUUCUCAGCAGGUCUCAGACAAUUAACAUUACUGAAAGCACAGCAGCAGGGACUAAAUUUUUAUUAAAGCGAGCUCACGAUGCAGACGUUGGAAGGAAUUCAGUGAAUACCUAUAAGCUUAGUCAAAAUGAGCAUUUUUCUCUGGCUACAAAUAAAGGAGAUAGUAUAACUCCCGAAUUAGUGCUUCAGAAAGUUUUAGACAGAGAAAAACAGACCGCGAUAAAAUUCACCCUGACCGCCACUGACGGAGGAACACCUGCUAAAUCCGGCAGUAUGACUAUUACAAUCAAUGUUUUAGAUGUUAAUGACAAUACUCCCGUUUUUAGUCAAACACUUUACAAAACCAGUGUGUAUGAGAACGUGAAGAUUGGAACAUCAAUAAUAACUCUGAAUGCUACCGAUUUAGAUGCAGGUCAAAACGGACAAAUAUCAUAUUCAUUUAUGGAAAUAGACCAGGGGAAACAAACUAAUCUGUUUGCUAUAGACAGAAAUACUGGGACUGUAACAAACACAAAGAAUAUCGACUUUGAAGAGAAUAAUGCAUUUGAGAUAAGAGUACAAGCCAGUGAUGGAGCCUCCUCUCCUAUGACUUCACAUGCAAAAUUAUUGAUUGAAGUUUUAGACGUUAAUGACAAUGAACCUGAAAUUUCAGUGACAUCUCUGUUGAACACAGUGAAAGAAGACGCGUCCAUUGGCACCGCAAUUGCUCUUGUUUCAGUGUUUGAUAAAGAUGGAGGAAAAAAUGGACUGGUGAACUGUAAGAUUUCCAAUAAUGUUCCUUUUAAAUUAGAGUCAAAUUAUAAGAAUUACUACUCGUUGGUUGUUGACGGUCCUCUCGACAGAGAGAGUUCACCUCAAUACAACAUUAGUAUCACUGCUUCUGAUGAAGGCAGCCCUCCUCUAUCCAGCAACAGCAUUAUUAAUGUACAUGUCUCUGAUGUGAAUGAUAACAAACCUCUAUUUACAGAAGAUGUCAUUAAUGUCUAUAUGAAAGAAAAUAGUCCAGUAGGAGCAGUUCUAAAAACUGUGUCAGCACUGGAUGCAGAUAUUGAUCAAAAUGGUCAGGUGAGCUAUUCAUUUUUACAAAGUAACAGUAACUCAUUGCCACUAUCUACAAUGAUUAAUAUAAACUCAGAGACUGGCGACAUUAUUAGUCUGCAGUCUUUUAAUUAUGAGGAAUUAACAACGUUUCAGUUCAAAGUUCAGGCCACAGACUCUGGUGUUCCUCCGCUCAGUAGCAACGUGACUGUAAAUGUUUUUAUUAUGGAUGAGAAUGACAAUAGUCCCUCGAUUCUUGCACCUUAUUCUGAGCACGGUUCCGUUAAUAGUGAGAGCAUCCCCUAUUCUGCUGAAGCUGGAUACUUUGUAGCUAAGAUCAGGGCUGUAGAUGCAGACUCUGGAUACAAUGCUCUGCUUUCUUAUCACCUGUCUGAGCCCAAAGGAAACAACCUGUUCAGGAUCGGAACCAGCACCGGGGAGAUCAGGACUAAGAGGAGAAUGAGUGACAAUGAUCUGAAAACUCACCCCUUGGUGGUGCUGGUCUCUGAUAAUGGAGAACCCUCCCUGUCAGCUACUGUGUCUAUUGAAGUGGUGGUGGUUGAAAGCACUGCUGACAUCCAGACUCAGUUCAGACAUGUGCCUAUAAAGGAGGACAACUUCUCUGACUUGAACCUGUAUCUGCUCAUCGCCAUUGUCUCAGUGUCGGUGAUCUUUCUGCUGAGCCUCAUCAGUUUAAUAGCUGUCAAAUGCCACAGGACAGACAGUUUCAGCAGGUACAGCGCCCCCAUGAUCACCACCCACCCUGACGGGAGCUGGUCUUACUCUAAAUCUACUCAGCAGUACGACGUGUGUUUCAGCUCAGACACACUGAAGAGUGAUGUAGUGGUUUUCCCUGCACCGUUUCCACCUGUAGAUGGUGAGCUUAUCAGUAUUAACGAAGGAGACACUUUUACCAGGACACAGACUUUACCCAACAAAGAAAAGGUAGGGUAUUUUUGCUUAAUGUUUAUGAAAUACCUACAUUGCUAGAUAAUGCAAGUGUCAACUUUUGAGGCAGUUUUAUCCAUUCAAAUCUUUCUGCUGUCCGUGGUGCUGAAGAAGAGAACAUAGUGGACCAGCAGUUAGCAGUUAAGCUGCACUAAAAUCUGCACAUAGAAAGCACAAAUUAAACAUAUAUACAAUAAUUAUAUUUAACUGAAUUUCAUUCUACUUCAUAUGGUGUGUGGUUAGUGUGAUUUGUAGCGAUUUAACUGACUAUGGCAAAAAUACAGAAAUGUCUGGACUGAAUGCUUAAUGGUUUACAGUCUUUGGAGUUUGUAGUUCUCCCAUUGGCUACACUGUGGUUGAGAUACAGUUUGUGUCUAUAUUAAAGUGGAAUUUAAAUAUCCUGGUGUUAAAGUUCCCCCUGUAUGCCUUAGUCAGUGGAGUGAACAUGUCAAUAUCAAACCAGUCUGAUGACUACAAUUUCGAAAAAAUACAUAUAAGACAUUCCAAGAUAAGAUUAAUCAUAAAGAGUGUACUGCUUCUUUCUUGAAUACAGUAUUUGAUGUUCUCUCACACUGUAACACAUAAAACCUACAUCUGUACUUUUUUGUGUGUUAGGGUACAUUUUAAUAAGCUAUUUAUCCACCUCAGUUAUAUGUAUUGAAAAUAUUACCUUGUAGUGGUUAAAACAUGUUAAGAUUUGUUAUAAAUAAAUUCCACAGAUCUCAUACUCAAAAAAUUCUUCUAAUAUACAAUUCCACUUGGCUUCCUACUUUGUUAAACAACAGCUGCUUAAACAGCUGGGAUUACUGCAAAGUUUCAGCUUUUAACUUGACAUUAAUACUGUCUCAUCCAAAUACGUUGUCCUUUUUUUUGCCUAAAGCAAAGCUAUCCCAAUUAGUGAAGAGAACGACUACACUGACUACUUCCUUCUAUGAAAAUAAUGCAUACAUAUUUUUGUUUUGGUGCCAAAACUAAUAUUUGGUUGCAAGUUAAUUACAUAAAUGUUUGGUAAAAGAAAGGAGCACUAUAGUUCUGAGAGUUUAGAUAUUUGCUGAUUUGUUGAGAAAUAAACAUCUAUGGUUGAAUUUCAUCUUGCUGUCUAAAUAGAUUGUGAUGUUUUCAGGAAAGUAAAUCCGUCCACACGGUAUUAAUAUAAUAUUUGUGACUCAAUACUUCAUCUGUCUGCGUGCUUUGAAUGAAAUGCAUCCGCAUAAUGACGAUCUAUCCAUGGUUCUGAAGUAUGUGGCGGCUCCUUACUGCUUCAAUGAAAGUAUUUAGUAAUACACUAGAAGUCCAGACGCUGUCAUUUUUGUGUGAUCUUCGCAGCAUGAUUGAUUUACCUGUGGUGAUUUCAAACAAGUUUGACUGGAACAACAUCAACAAUAUUGUAGUUACCUCAAAUGUCCAUGAGGCGACAGUCUAGACCGUAACACCGCCGACUGGUCAGGGACGUGUUCAGGCCCCUCCCACAUUAAAAGGAUCAUUUUUGUCAGGGCUUUGUUAGAAUAAGACGCAGGGCGAGGAGGAACGGAUGUAGAAAAUGCACCGACAUUUAAUAUAGCCUUUUGAACGACACCUGGCUCCAGUCAGCGAAAGAUAAGUAGAAGGACGGAUCUAUGCUUUGUUCUCGUCGUAUGG